GGCAUUACCUGAAAUUGUUAAAAUUAAUGAAAAAUUGAAUUAAAAUGGACUUUCUGGGGCACGGAAAUGCUCUUACCUGUCGGUUAUGUCUUUGCAAGUGCGAAAAUGCUCGAAAUUUAUUGGAAGAAACUGACUUUGCUGUCAAAAUUACAGAACUUUUCCCGAAAAUUGUGAUUUCACCGGAAAAUGGAUUAUCGACGAUAAUUUGCGAGUAUUGCCAUAACACAGUGCAACAAUUUCUCGGAUUUUACGAGAAUGUGAACGCAAAUCAGGAUGAACUGAUGAAAAUGUUGCCGGAUUUGCCAAAGGAAGAAAUUUUUGCAGAGCCCAUUGUUUGUGUUGAUGAGAAAAUUGAGCAAAAAUGUCUCAAAUUUGAUGUCGGUGAUGAUGAAAAUUUAUUUUUUAAUGCUAAAAAAGCCACAGAUGAGGGUCGAACAGUAAAAAAUCCAAAAAAUAAAAUUUCUCCAACACUUCCAUACACCAAAAGCGAACUCCAGAACAUGAAUUACUUUCAAAUAAUCAACUUACCUCCGAGUUUCAAGACUUGCUUCAAGUGUUCUUUAUGUCAGGAGCUUUGCAAGAACUUUUCAGAGCUACAAAAGCAUAUAACGCAAAAGCAUUUCGGGCAUUUAACUGUCAACAAAAGACAAAAAGAGGCAAAUCCAUAUCUGAAAAAUUUACAAAAUUAUUGUAAUAUUUGCGGAAAACUCAUUCCAUGGACCGAAGCUUGUGAAAAAUAUUACGAGCACUCGUACCUCCAUUACGGCAUCCAGCCAUUCAAAUGUGACAUUUGCGGAUUCAGCACCAACGAAAAAAGUCUCGUGCGACAACACAUGGUCCAAAAACACUUGUCGAAAAUCAAGCAACUCGGCUGUCUAAUUUGCAAACUGGAUUUUGACUCGACAGCUUUGCGGAACGAUCACAUGCAAGAAUCCCAUCCGGAGAGUUUGCUCCCGUGUCAGAAGUGCAACACAAAAUUCGUCGAUUUACAAACGCUAAAAAUGCACCAAAAACAAUGCGAGUCAUUUCAAAUUGAAUGCGUUCGAUGUCCCGGCGGAAUUCGCUUUCCCGACGAACGGAUACUCGGCUUGCACAUGCAGCAACACGAAUUUCAAGACAAAUACAAGAAAAGUUUCGCUUGUCAUUUGUGUGAACGCGGUUUCGAGAGCAGCAACGUUUUUAAAACGCAUUUGCGACUUCACGAAGAAAAUGCAUUGACGCCAUGCGAGAUUUGCGGCAAAACGGUAAAUAUGACAGAAGGAAGAAAAUUGCCGAAACACAUGGAGAGUCACAUGAAGGAAAAACCCGAAUUUUACAAAUGCGAUUUUUGCGGCGAGGAAUUCGGGAAAAAGCAACAAUUGGCGAGACAUAUUAACAAAAUUCACAAUCGCAGGGAAGAAAGUUGUUACAAAUGUGGGCAAAUGAUUGUCAUGUACUUGAUGAGUCGCCAUUUGAAGCAUUGUCAUGCGGGAGACUUGAAGUGCAAGCAUUGUCCGGAGAUUUUUAAGAAGCAAAGUGAGCGGAUUAAACACACGAGACUCGUUCAUUUGGGAUACAAGUGCAAAAGGUGCAACAUUCAGUUCCAGAAUAAGUCGCAGUUGGAAGCGCAUCAACGGCAUGACGAAUAUCACAAGAGUAAGGGCUACAAGGCGCCACGGAAAAAGCUUAAAAUUGAAGUUUUGUAAGAUUUUCAUUAAUUUUACAUGAAAAUCCAUUUGAAGUUCAAAAAAUUUUACUUUUGAAUUAUCAGGUGAAAAAAUA